AUGGACGUCCAGGAAUACGAGUACGUUGUAGAAUAUCAUCCCGGGAAGACCAACAUCGCUGAUUACUUAUCAAAGCACCCACGAACAUAUGCAAUCUCAAGCAGCGUCCAGGCAGCCGACGAAUUUGCUCGGACCGUGGUUCGAGCAGAAAGAGUUACGUUAAUCAACAAAGACGCAGCAGUUACCAUACAGGAGAGAAGAGAGGAAACACGUAAGAAUACAAUUCUCACGAAACUCAUACACACCAUACAAACUGGUCUGAAUGAAGCAGAUGAAGAAUAAAGGCAUACCGGUGGUUUGUCAGUCAGAUAAUGGUCAGCCUUUUCAAUCAGCAGAAAUCAAAUCAUUUGCGUCGAAACAAGAAUUCGUUCUAAAACACAAAACACCGGAGUGGCCACGAGCAAACGGAACUGUAGAACGAUUCAACAGAUGCAUGAAAGAAGCCAUACAGGCCGGUCACGUCGAAGGGAAACCAAUGCGAGAAGCAGCCACGACCUUCCUUCAGUCCUACCGAGCGAGCCGACAUACGACAACAAAGAAAAGCCCAUUUGCAGCUAUGCACGGGGGACGCGAGAUGCGAACAAAAUUACCAAUGGAGACAUACUGUGAUGACAUUGUUGACCGAGAACAAGUGGUAAACACUAAAGCUAAAAUGGUUUCCAGAGACACGUGUGCCAAGGAACAUCGUUCAAAAAUCGGAGAUCAGGUUGUUGUAGUGCAGAAAAGGAAGAAUAAGUUAACAACUGUGUUUAACCCAACGCCGCUAACAGUUACAAACAUAAAAGGAUCAAUGAUUACUGCAAGCAAAAAUGAAUGGUCAAUAACAAGGGAUGCUUCAAAGUUUCGCAAGUUAUAUGGGAGUCUAUCCCAAAGUAGUAAAAGGGACGGUGAGGAGAUACACGAGGCGGAAAAUGGUACAAACGAACAAUUGGACCACGAUGAACACGAGGAAGACGAAGACUAUAAUGAAGUUGAUAUCGAACAAGAUAACGAAGGAGCAAACGAUGUUAAUGUAGAACCACCAAUGGCAAGGCCGGAACGCGAAAGACAGCCACCAGCUUGGCUCAGAGACUAUGAAACAUAA